AGAGAGAGAGAGAGAGAGAGGGAGCUGGACAAAGAGGUGGAAGCGACGGCGCUUCUCGGGGUCGGGGUAUGCCCGUGGCCUCCCUCCCUGUCUGGGUCAGGGAGGGCGGGAGAAGAGCGCGACGUCCACGGGAGAGGAGCGACAGGGAUGUGCCUGGCAAAUUCCUAAGAGGCGAUACUACCGAGGGGAGGGGAGGGGAGAGGGGAGGGGGAGACAGAAGAGAACGGGCACCGACUGGAGCAAAGCUGUCAAACUGAGCGCGGAGAGGAGCCCGCGGCUGGGAGGGACGGCGGGGCUGGACUGCACUAGGGGGACAAUCGCAGAGCCUGUGCAACUCCCCGCCUGCUGCUGCCGCCGCGGCGGCGGCCGCUUGUGCCCAAGCGGGGCUCCCCGGGGCUGGGAGGAGGCAGGCAGGUGGGUGAGGCGCUUUUUCUCGCUCUGCUCCUCGCCGGCUCCGUUGCCCGCUGGCCGGUCCCGGUCGGAGGCAGGCGCCCGAGCCAUGCAGCUGCAGUUCAAGAGCUGGAUGUUGGCUCUGCUCACCCUGCUUGUCGUCUUUCUCAUCUUCGCAGAUAUUUCGGAGGUCGAAGAAGAAAUCGGGAAUUCUGGAGGCAGAGGUACAAUCAGAUCAGCUGUGAACAGCUUACAUAGCAAAUCUAAUAGAGUCGAAGUUGUAAUAAAUGGCUCUUCAUCUCCAGCUGUUGUUGACAGAAGUAAUGAAAGUGCAAAGCACAACAUUAAGCCAGCCCCAACCACGUGGAGACACAACCAGACCCUGUCUUUGAAGAUCAGGAAGCAAAUCUUGAAGUUCCUAGAUGCCGAAAAAGACAUAUCAGUGCUCAAGGGGACCCUGAAGCCUGGAGACAUCAUCCACUAUAUCUUUGACCGAGCUAGCACCAUGAAUGUGUCACAGAACCUGUAUGAACUCCUGCCCAGAACUUCUCCCCUGAAGAACAAACACUUCAGGACCUGUGCCAUCGUGGGCAACUCCGGGAUUCUGCUGAACAGUGGCUGUGGGCGGGAGAUAGACACUCACAGCUUUGUUAUAAGGUGCAACCUGGCACCUGUCCAGGAAUAUGCCCAGGAUGUGGGGGUCAAGACAGACCUGGUAACCAUGAACCCCUCUGUCAUCCAGAGGGCCUUCGAGGACUUAGUCAAUGAGACCUGGAGGGAAAAACUUCUUCAGCGCCUGCACAGCCUCAAUGGCAGCAUCCUGUGGAUUCCAGCUUUCAUGGCCAAGGGUGGCAAGGAGAGGGUAGAGUGGGUGAAUGCGCUCAUCCUGAAGCACCAUGUCAAUGUGCGCACAGCCUACCCUUCUCUGCGCCUGCUACAUGCUGUCCGAGGGUACUGGCUGACAAACAAAGUACACAUCAAAAGACCCACCACAGGACUGCUGAUGUAUACUCUGGCCACACGCUUUUGCAACACCAUCUACCUCUAUGGCUUUUGGCCCUUUCCACGAGAUCAGAAUCAGAACCCUGUCAAGUAUCACUAUUAUGACAGCCUUAAAUAUGGCUAUACAUCCCAGGCCAGCCCCCAUACCAUGCCCUUGGAGUUUAAAGCCCUAAAGACCUUGCACCAACAGGGGGCUUUGAAACUGACCGUUGGUGAGUGUGAUGGAGCCACGUAAAAUGGUGGCCAAAGAAGAUUCCGUGGCUCACGUUUCCUGCAGGCUACACCACGGGCAGAUGGGGGUCGGGAGGCAAAAACAAUAGGACGAGCAGAGGCUAGUGGUUUUCUUUGUUAAAGUGUAAAACAGUGACAAGAAUAUAUAUACCUGCAUAUAUAUAUUGACCUGAGUAUUAUAACUAUGUGGUGUUCAUCCAGAGUAUGGCAGACAAGUUACAGGAAGAAGGUGCUGAGGACUUACCCGAUUUGGAGACACCAUCUUUGGGAGUGAGAGGAUUGGACUCAAAAGGAAAUCUAUUCCAGCACUGGAUAUGUCAUAGUCUCCUGGGUUGAAGGAUUCUGGGGACUGAUGGAUGAAUGCUAAGGCUAAUUUGUUUUCAGCUGCUCUGUGUCUCUGAGAAAAGUGGAUUCUGGGUGACCCAGAACCUAGAGGUUGGCAACUGGGUUUUUAGUGUUAAGAAUGAUACUGUUCAAGAAAAAGGGGGAAGGGAUGGGGGCUCAACAGAAAAGUGGAGCAAGAAACCGAGAAGCACAGGUUGGGGCAUGUUAGUGGAUGGCCUUGGUUUAUUCACUCUAGGUGAAUUGUCUAGGAGACAAGCUCAUGUCCCAUCACUGUGUUCCAGAUGGGACACUGUUUCAGUUCAUAAAACAACCAGCGAUGGACUUUGGCUUUCUAGCUUACAAAAUCAUGAUGCCAGCCUGAAUACCACUGCUGGCUGAAGCAGAGAAAAAAAAGAUGACCCUGAAAGUACUCUGAUCAUUCAAAUCAGAUCAAUUCUUGUAUACAAAAAAAAAAAACCCAUCUGAGGUGUUCAGAGCCACACUUGGGGCAAAGACAGAAGAGUGUCAAACAAUGCUUAGCCUUUUCUAAAUGUACUUUGGAGUGGCAAAGAGAGAGAAGCCCUGGGGUUUAGGAGAAGUGGAGGAAGAGAAGGAAUCACAGACCUAAAGGUGGUAUUGAGGGUAAGAGAAGGGAUAUUAUAAUCUGACCUCAUACCAAUCAAAGUCACCUUUUAAGUCUCUUUCCCAAGGGUUAACUCACCUUCCUUCCUGUUAAAAUAUAAGGUCAGGGAUUGGACUGAAAGCUACCACAGCAAUGAAAUCCAAAGCCAAGGCUUGAAAGGGCACUGCGAAGAUAAAUGUCAUCAUGGUAAAAUAUAUAAGAUUGCCUUCCCUCACUGCGCACAAAGCCCCAGAGUGUGAAACCUGAAAGAAUUUUAGACAUCCAGUUUCAUUUCUCAGCACCAACACCGUUUGUGUUCUGCAUCUCACUCUGUGUGGUCAAAGCAACCAGACUGCUCAGUUUCAACGUCACUUUCUUGUCAGUUUCUUGUCCUGAUUGUCAGGUGGUGUAGCUUGGCUCUCUCAUUUAGCUUUCUGACUCUGCAAGGAGAGGUUUAAAUCCUCCCUUCUCUCCUCCCGCCCCCCACAAGUGAUGCAAUUAUUUCGGGAUUUUGUGAAAUUUGACUUGUUCCUACUAAGGUUUGUAUAAUCUUUCCUUUUUGUAAAGCCAACUAUAGGAUGCAAACCACUGGGCAUAGCAUCCUGGGGAAACAUGGGCUGAGAACCAGUCACUUAAGAGUUGGAAUCCUGGGUCAUGGUUAGAGAUGGAUACUGUGUAUGGGGCAUGGGCUGUCUUGAUUUGAUUGCUGUAUUACCUUUCUGAUUAAUAAUCAUGUUUUAAGACAUAUUUUGAAGUUAAGUGAAAAACCAUUUCUUGAAGGGAGUUGAGAAAAGAAAUCAAGAUCUGCUUCUAAACAUAUGAGAUUAGACACAAUUAAUAAAUAGCAAUUCAGGACAAGACAUUUGCUCCA